GUGAUUCUUAACUUGUGUUGUUAUAAGAUCAUAAUUUUAUGGUGAUAUAUGUGCAUAUAUGAAUAAUGUGAUGUUUCUUCUUGAAUGAGAGUGUAGAUUCUUGUUGGGUCUUUGAUGAUGCAUUUGGGUUUUGAUUUGUUUUCCCUGAUUCUUGAUCUGUAAAUAUUUCCCCCCUUUUACCUUCUCUCUCUUUCUCUCUCUCUCUCUCUCUAUAUAUAUAUAUAUAUUUAUAUCCUUUUCUUUGGUGUGCAGUACAGGCAAAUGCUUUGAUUCGAUAGUUAUCUGUUUGGUUUUAGCGUCCUUUCUUUUUAAUGCUUGGAUAAGUUAUUUGAUCUUUCUUCUUUGAUGAGAUGAGUCAUUGGUAUACUGUCUAAGAUUUGUUUCUCUCUCUCUAAAGUUUCUAUCUUUAUUGGAAAAGGGAAUUUGUAUGGUAUGUCAGGUGUUAGACUUUUGAUGUUUUGGGCAUAAAACAACAAGGUGCACCAAUUUCUUUAGAUGCCCAUUUUGAUACGAUUUUGUGGGGUUUCCUGUGGUGGCUGAAGCAUUUCUCUUUGAAAACUAUAAUUGAAGAAGUUCUUGCACAUCAUUGCCAAUUCUGAGAAUCAGCUACGUCUUGGAGGUCUUUGACGACUGCCUUUAUUUGGGUGUCUAUGGCAACCAAUGAAAAUCUUCCACCGAACGUCAUUAAGCAACUUGCGAAGGAGUUGAAGAAUCUUGAUGAAACUCCUCCGGUAGGCAUUAAAGUAGGUGUUAAUGAUGAUGAUUUUUCAAUCAUAUAUGCUGACAUUGAAGGCCCAGCUGGAACUCCCUACGAGAAUGGUGUUUUUCGCAUGAAAUUGAUAUUGUCUCAUGACUUCCCGCAUUCCCCUCCCAAAGGUUACUUUCUGACUAAGAUUUUUCAUCCAAACAUUGCAACAAAUGGUGAGAUUUGUGUCAACACAUUGAAAAAGGAUUGGAAUCCAAGUCUUGGGUUACGACAUGUUCUGAUUGUAAGUUGAUGUGCAGUUUAGAGUACUAGUUUUGUUUCACUUUGAUGCAGAGACCAGUAAUUUGUUGAACCCGUCAAUCCUCUAGAGAUUUUUGCAUUCA